AUGGGCAAUUUAAAGAUCUCAGAAUGGAGGAAGCUUGCAGUGAAUUUGGCAGAGCUUUGUAUAGAUACUACAUUACGUUGUGGACAAUCAUUUCGGUGGAAGAAAGCUGUCGAUGAAGAUUAUUGGUCUUGUACACUACAUGGCCGUAUAAUAUCUCUUAAACAAGACUCAACUCAUCUUCACUAUCGCACAAUAUUUCCUGAUGUCAAAGUUCCUUCGAAUCAUCAGCCUUCAGUAAAGAAAAAGCUUGAAGAUGAGGAUGACACAGAAUCUUUACUUCGGCAUUACUUAAACCUUUCACCAAACUUGACUGAAUUGUAUGAACAAUGGUCUUUGGUUGAUCCAAAUUUCAAGAAAAGAGCCCCCAAGUUUACCGGAGUUCGCAUUCUCAAACAAGAUGCUUGGGAGGCUUUGGUGGGAUUUAUUUGCAGUAGCAACAAUAAUAUUAUAAGAAUUUCUCAAAUGGUCAAUAAUUUGUGUUUACAUUAUGGUCCCCUGAUAGGACAUAUUGAUGAUCAACCAUUCCAUGACUUCCCACAACCUGAAGCCUUGACUGGUGCUGGAGUAGAAUUACAUCUCCGCGUUCUAGGCUUUGGGUAUCGAGCAAAGUACAUUGCUCAAACAGCAUCACUUGUGGCAUCAAAGCCAAAAGGCUGGCUCGAGAAUCUUCGCAACCCAGAGACUUUUGACAAGCCCUUUGAAGGGGAUAUUCCCGCAGGAGGACGUCCUGGGUAUAGAAAAGCACAUGAAGAGCUUCUCGAGCUUCAAGGGGUUGGUCCAAAAGUAGCUGACUGCGUUUGCUUGAUGGGCUUGGGGUGGGGAGAGGCGGUUCCUGUGGACACUCACGUUUGGCAAAUUGCUCAAAGGGACUACAAAUUUGGAAAAGGAAAACAUAAGAGUCUUACCAAGGCUACAUACGAUGCGAUUGGUGAUCAUUUUAGAGGGUUAUGGGGUAAAGAGGCUGGCUGGGCGCACUCAGUCUUGUUCGCAGCAGAUUUGAAAGCAUUUUCUGAUAAACUUGUCAGCAAGGUCGAAGUUAGAGUUGAUGAGCUCGAGAUCAAGCAAGAAAAUGGGGAUGUUCUGGAGAAGAAAGUAACAGUCAAGCGAGAGUAUUCACCAGAAGAGAUGGAUCUGAAAGAAGAACAGAAAGUAGUGAUUAAACGCGAAGGUGUUACGGAUGGUAUCGAAAUCAAGGAUGAAGUAAAAGUGUUUGAGCCAUCGGCAAGAAGCGUCAGAGCGAAGAGGAGGAAAUUAUAA